AUGGCAUCGAACUUGAAAAAAGCUUCCUCGCUGGUGCCCGAUUCACCUGCGGUCAAGAGACAGAAGACUGCCUCUGGCUACAACAAUACCGGCGGCACAUACGAUUCAGAUGCUGACAGUGGCGAUGAGUUGCUCGCCGACUAUAUCAUCCCGGAUACGCCUGCGCAAGACAGGUACGAGACGCAGCCUACGCAGAUUAUUGAUAGAUCGGCCCCGGUGCCUUCGAGCCCACUGGAUGCUGCGAAGAACAUUGUACAAGUCCCUGCCUCUUCUCCCUUGCAGAGCAGAGAUGUCGAGGCCUCGAAGCCAGCUGUCGAGAAGCCAAAGCAGGAUGCGGCUGCCUCGCCCGUGAAGAAUCUGGCAAGCAGCAUAGCCCCAGCUGGCACGAUAUUCAAGCCACCUUAUAAGAUGAAACCUCCUCCGACGAGAACUUACAUCAACCUUGACGACGAUGACGGGCCAACAUUUCAGGGCGGAAGCUCAGAUGUGGAAGAUGAUAGCGUGAAUAUUAGACCUUCGACAUUCGUACCUCGGAGUGCUCUGGGUUCUUCUGGGGCUUCUCCGAUUGCAAGACCGGUUAAUGGCAACACCAAGUUUCAGAGCAUUCUGGCUAAUGCGGCUUACAAGCCCCCCGAGAAAGGCAAACCUUUUGCGGAUUCGAUGUCAAUGGGCGGCAGUAUAAAGAAACCGCAGACCCAGAUGAAACCUGAGAGAGCCAGACCGGUUGAGGACAUCCCCCUAUCUUCGCUGGAUCAGCAGACACAAGACAAGGUCAAGAGGCUCAAGACUGUUUUCCCUAACAUCACGGUUCUCCAUGCCUACAACACCCUCAUGACUAGCAAGGGUAGUGUUGACGACGCUGUUGGGUUACUGUCCGAUCAAGCAGAAGCUACUGUCAUCUCAGAUGACGAAAUCGGAGGCUCACAGUCAGCGAAGAAGCAAGAGCCCCAGAUGAAACGGGGUCUCAACGCACCUAUUAACUCCAUCAAAGACCGUUACUCCUCGACACAAUCCUCCCAAAAGCCAACUGCUACUGCGACGCCUCCUCCGAAGCCGAAGAAGAGACUUAUCCAAGGUCGCAGAAACCCUUCAUCACCUGAAAUAACUGCUGUAUCAUCACCUGCAAAAUCAGAGUCGCAACCCGAACCUGUAUUAAUCGAUGAUUUUGAUACGGACUCAGGUGUUGCCUCGGCCUCGGACGAGGACCCUGAGCUGAGCGUGCAAGUUUUGAAAUACUUGAACACCUGUAAGGUUGAGGAACUGGUCGAGCUCACCAACACGACGAAGGCCAACGCGGAGGCGAUGGUUGCUGCACGACCGUUUAAGAAUCUGGAUGCCGCAAGAAAUGUGGCUAACCCCACGACAUUGAAGAGUGGAAAGAAGAGCACGAAGGCGCCAAUCGGCGACAAGAUCGUUGAUACGGCCAUGGAUAUGUUCUCCGGCUAUGAAGGUAUAGAUGCGCUCGUUGCCAAGUGUGAAAAACUUGGCAAGCCACUCGCCGAAGAGAUGAGCAGAUGGGGAUUCGACGUCUAUGGUGCUGCCAAAGAUGGUGAACUCGAAAUGACUUCAUUCGAUACUGAAUUCAGCUCUCCACGCGACUCGGGAGUCGGGUCUCCAAGCGACGCCGCUGCUUCUCAGAAUGACGAUGCUGGCGAUGACGACCUUAAGCUUGUUGGGAGCAAGAGGAAGAGAGGACAUGUCAACUUCUUGAAGAAGCCCGAGAUCAUGGCCGAUGAUUGCAUUCUGAAGGAUUACCAGGUUGUUGGACUUAACUGGCUGGCAUUGAUGUACCGACGGGAGCUGAGCUGUAUCUUGGCAGAUGAGAUGGGUCUAGGGAAAACUUGUCAGGUUAUCUCGCUCCUCUCUCAUCUCGUCGAGACGGGCAACAGAGGCCCCCAUCUGGUUAUCUGUCCCGGCUCAACCUUGGAAAACUGGCUGAGGGAGUUCCCGAAGUUCUCUCCUAAGCUGGCGGUCGAGCCGUACUAUGGUGCCCAGAAGGAGCGCGCAGAGAUGGCUGAGAGUAUCCUCGAGAGACGGGACAGCAUCAAUGUCAUCGUGACAACAUACGAUCUCGCUGCGAAGAAGGAAGAUAAUAAGUUCUUGAGGCGCCUGAGACCUGAUGUGUGUGUAUAUGACGAAGGCCACUAUUUGAAAAACUUGAAUUCUCAGAGAUACCAAGGACUGGUCAGGAUCCCGGCCAGAUUCAAGCUCCUGCUCACCGGAACCCCACUUCAAAACAAUCUUCAAGAGUUGGCCGCUCUUCUUGCAUUCAUCCUUCCUGAAGUCUUUAUGGAACGUCAAGACGACUUGAAUUAUAUCUUCAAGGCAAAAGCCACGACGAGAGAUUCGAACCACGCAGCUCUCCUCUCCGCUCAACGAAUCAGCCGAGCUAGAUCUAUGCUGACACCCUUCGUCCUCCGUCGUAAGAAGGCUCAGGUCCUGAAGCAUCUACCGUCUAAAACCUCUCGAGUGGAAUAUUGUACCCUGCGCCCGGCCCAGAAGGAGAUUUACGAUGGCCACUUAGACCAAGCCCGCGAACGAGCCCGUAUCCGCGUUGAGGGUGGCAAGGUCCCUAAGUCGGAUGAGAAUAAUCCCUUGAUGCAGCUGCGCAAGGCAGCCAUUCACCCGCUGCUCUUCCGCCGUCACUUCACUAACGAGAAGAUCGAGAAGAUGGCGGAUAUCCUACGCAAAAACGAGCCGGUGAACUUUCCCGCCUCACACAAGCGCCAUCACCUCAUCGAGGAGAUGCGGAACGGAUCCGAUUUCUGGCUCCAUCAAUGGUGUCUCGACUACCCGUGCAUCUCGUCCUUCGACAUCCCCGAUCUCGCUUGGUUCGAUUCCGGCAAAGUCGAGGCGAUGAUCAAGCUCGUGAAGCAGUACAAAGAGAAUGGCGAUCGGGUCUUGAUCUUUUCGCAGUUCUCGCUGGUUCUUGAUAUCUUAGAAGCAGUGCUCAACUCCUCCCUGAUCUCCUUCACCCGCAUCGAUGGCAGCACCCGGAUUGACGAGCGCCAGUCGCUCAUCGAUACCUUCCGGGACGAUGAGAGCAUCACCGCCUUCCUCCUGACCACCAAAGCCGGAGGCACAGGCAUCAACCUGAUGUACGCGAACAAAGUCAUCAUCUUCGACGCCAGCUUCAACCCACAAGAUGACAAGCAGGCAGAGAACCGCGCGCACCGUGUUGGCCAGACGCGCAACGUCGAGGUCGUCCGCCUCGUCACCCGCGGCACCGUCGAAGAGCAGAUCCUCGCCCUCGGACAGAGCAAGCUCGUCCUCGACGGUAGGGUGGCAGGUGAUGACGACGCUGCUGGCGAGGAAGCGGGCGAAAAGGCCGUCAGUAAAAUGCUCCUCGAGGGCACCGGCAUGACCGAGCCCGACGCUCACGUCUCGCCGGACCAAGAGGAGCAGUCUAAAGAGACUGUUGCACAGCCCAAACCCUCCUCCCCGCCGAGAAGCCAGCGCAAAAAGAGCUCUAUUCUUGAUAUGCUCACGAAGAAAGGGAAGUAA